CUGGGGACGCGUGCAGAACGCGUUGUUGCUUUGACGAGAGCGCCGCAGCCAGGCAGGGAGGGCAGGCCGAGAGACAAGCUGCUGCGGUCCAACUCGUUCGCUCGCAACAGUCAACCACAGCCCUCAGACUACCUCUUUGCCAUACUCAAAACGCAACAAAAUGACAAACACAGAGCGUCACCUCAUUUUCGGAGCCAAAGGCUGGAUCGCCGGUCUGCUCGCUGAGCUCCUCCAAAAGCAAGGCAAGGAAGUCAAGGGUGUCACCAUCCGUCUGGAGGACAGGGAGGCUGUGUUGAAGGAGCUCGACGAAUACAAGCCCACCCGAGUCUACAACUGCGCUGGUGUGACUGGCCGCCCCAAUGUGGACUGGUGCGAGGACAACAAAGAGGCCACCAUCCGUAGCAACGUUAUUGGAACCCUCAACCUCGCCGACGCCACGUUCUUGCGUGGGAUCCACAUGACCAACUUUGCCACCGGAUGCAUCUACACCUACGACGAGAAACACCAGUUCCAUGGUGUUGGCUUCACUGAGGAGGAUGAGCCAAACUUCACUGGAUCGUACUACUCUUACACCAAGGGUCUUGUCGAGAAGAUCAUCAAGCAAUACUCCAAUGUCCUCACAUUGCGUCUCCGUAUGCCCGUGUCUGACGACCUCAACCCCAGGAACUUCGUCACCAAGAUCACCAAGUACGAGCGCGUAGUCGACAUCCCCAACUCCAACACCAUCCUCUACGACCUCCUCCCCGCCGCCCUCGCCAUGGCCGAAGCGAAACUCACCGGCGUGUACAACUUCACCAACCCCGGCGCCAUCUCCCACAACGAGGUCCUCGCCGCGUACAAGAAGCACGUUGACCCCAACUUUGCAUGGAAGAACUUCUCGCUGGAGGAGCAGGCGAAGGUCAUCAAGGCGGGAAGGAGUAACUGUGAGCUGGACACGACAAAGCUGACCACCGCGUUGGCCAAACUUGGCGUAAAGGUCCCUGAAGUGCAUGAGGCAUAUGAUCUGUGCUUCCAGCGCAUGGCUAAGCACUUGAAGGACGGUACGGCGCACUCUUGGUAGAUGUAGAGGCGGGGGGACUCCAACGACAGUACUCUAGCUUUUUGUAUUUACCCUAUCGAAGGUUAUGCCGUAUGCCGCUUCCAAUGGACAUCGGAAGCUGUGGGCGUGAACUAUUACUGUAUAAUGUGCGAUGUCCGAAACCGCGGCAAUGUCAGAACCAGAUGCGGCGUCCAAUCAAGGGCGUCACGUGGUUGAGGCUCCUGCUCCUCCCUUCUUCGCUCCCUCCAACAAACCUCAGUAAAACGUACAGUCAGUGGACAAAAAGCUG